GCACGGUAAUUGGGUGUAAACCAGUUACUGUUUGUAACUGAUGCUGGAAAUGAAACGCCGGUACUGCUCUAAUGCGCUGUCACGGUUUCUGACGCUGUAGGACAACAAAGACACUAUAAGAGACCCGGAAGAGCCCACCGCGUCCUCUGUCCCUCAAACCGAGCACGAGAAGUCCUCCCAGUAGGCUCCGGUUUCAGGAAGAUCGGCUUCACUUCACUUUUGUGUGGCUUGGAAAUGGAUCCCACUGCCUUUGUGUUUCUAAAAAGUCCGCAAUUUAGGCAUAUAUGUGGGAAUGAAAACGGAGAAGUGUACGUAGGCUAUGAUGUGUAUUAAAUCGUAAAACUUACGCAUCUUAAAACUAGAUCUGUAUAAAUCGGUAAAAGCAUUUGGAAGCUGGCAUAUUUGUAGGCCUAUUGCAUAUCCUCUCACUCAGCACAAACUGAUUCCAUGUUUUAUUCAGUGAUGACCGCUUAUAAAUAGCCUAACGUGAUUCACCUUCUCAGCUCAUUACUUUUGUAUGCGCCAUUAUUUAGGUCCAUUGAAAUCAAACUGGUGUCCGUGCAUUUGAAGGCAAUUUAACUACAUGGGCUUGUAUAUUGAGCUUCCCGAUUUCUGUUUUUUUUUUCGAUCAGAAACUUUCAUAUCAUGAACACUGCCAUUUUCUUAUCUUAGAGGUUAACAGUGGGUAUGUCCUGUCCCAGUAGGAAUUAUGUAAUAUGAUUAAGAAAUGCUCCCUAAUAACAUAAAUAACACGCAUCCUAAGAGAGCCGAGCGCAUGUCUGCUUCCCCGGGAGCAGUAAAAGCCGCCGCUGCGUAGCACCAUGUGCGCUCCUCCCCGAGUUCAAACAGCGAGCUGCCGGCUGGAAUGUGACGGGAGAUCGGGGCGGCCGGGGACGGACUUCGGGAGCAGAAAUAGUGUCUUUAAAAAGCCUCCAUGGGGGCAAAUGAGAGAGUCGUAUGGCGAGAGCGGUGACCGGUCUCCUGUAACAAAAGCGGAACGCCGGUCCAGGGCGGCUCAGAGAGGAGCGGCUUCUUCUCUACAAGGGAGUUCAGACGCUGCGGAAACCCGGCGCAUAAACCCGGCGCCGGCUCCCUUUGUGUCGCCCACAAGCUUUACGGAGCCUGCUUCCUGUGACGGAGCCACGAGCCCCCCCUCCCCCCCGAUGAGGUAACGGCGACCGCCUCAGAGCUCGUGGGCCUUGCCGUGCCAGCCGCGGCACCAUGGGCCAGAAGAUCUCCGGCAGCAUCAAGGCCGUGGACGCGCGGGGCGAGCCCGCCUUGCGGCCCGCCAGGAGGGAGCUGAGCGGGCCUGACUUCUGCCGUCCGGCGCGGCUGGACCUGCUGCUGGACAUGCCGCCGGCACCGGCCGCGGUGCAGCUGCAGCACGCCUGGAACCCGGACGACCGCUCCCUCAACAUCUUCGUCAAGGAGGACGACCGGCUCACCUUCCACCGCCACCCGGUGGCCCAGAGCACGGACUGCAUCCGGGGCCGCGUGGGCCAUGUGCGCGGCCUGCACGCCUGGCACGUCCAGUGGCCCGCCCGGCAGCGCGGCACGCAUGCCGUGGUGGGCGUGGCCACUGUGGCAGCCCCGCUGCACUCGGUGGGCUACACUGCUCUGGUGGGGAGUGACGCAGAAUCCUGGGGGUGGGACUUGGGUCGGAACAAGCUCUACCACGACAGCAAGAACCGUGGGCCGGCGGCCGCAGCCAGCUACCCCGCCUUCCUGCAGCCGGAGGAGACCUUUGUGCUGCCCGAGUCGCUGCUGGUGGUGCUGGACAUGGACGAGGGCACGCUUAGCUUCAUGGUGGACGGCCAGUACCUGGGUGUGGCCUUCAGGGGGCUCAAGGGCAAGAAGCUGUACCCCGUCGUCAGCGCAGUGUGGGGGCACUGCGAGAUCACCAUGCGCUACAUCAAUGGCCUGGACCCGGAGCCCCUCCCCCUCAUGGACCUGUGCCGCCGGGCAGCCCGCCUCGCCCUCGGCCGAGAUCGCCUCAACCAGAUAGAGACACUUCCUCUGCCCCAGUCCCUGAAGAAAUACCUCCAGUACCAGUGACGACCACCAGGGGGAGCGGCGAUCAAGGCCCGAGACUGUGGGGAGGGGUAGAGCAUGGAAAUACUAGGCAGAGGCUCGGUGCAUGCAGAGGCGCUGGGAGCAGUGGGGGGUAGGGCUUGUUUACAUUUAGAGACUUGUUUACUUUUUAAUAUUUUAAAUUAUUGUUCUGCGGUCAUAUCCAAACUCUGGGCCCCCCACCCCCGUGUCCAUGAACAGUUUAGGAAGCACACCAGCCCUACACAGCUACACAGAGGGGGGCCCAAGGAGCUCGACGUGUGUAUAUAUUUUUUCUUAAAGUAUGUCCUGGACUUCAGUGAGGAUUUCAGAGCCAGCCCAUGUGUGACAGCGGCCAGAAGCUUCCGGAUGGAUCCGAGCAGCGUGUGUUAACCCCAUCCAACACCAAGGGCGGCUGCACCCCCCCUCUGCAGUCUCUCACAGAGCUGUGCCACCCUGGACUCAUGUUUGUUUUUUAACUUUUAAAUGCGCUUCAUCUGGUCUGAAACCUUUUUAAUAUGGCUUAGUAACACCCCCUGUCCCGGUCCACUGCGCUCAUUGUCAGGGUUCGGGUCGUGACCCACCCUAUACUGUGGGUCGCCGUUCGCUUAUCUGUCUGCUGCUGUUUCUGUCCCUCAUUUAGUGGCUGCACUAGACGACAUUUAGUGCUGCCCUUCCGUUCCGAUCAGCAUCGACAUGGCUCUCAUACUUCCUGCCGGAUCUCGCUUUCCGCCCUCCUGUCUGUCCCGCUGAGACUGGGGCCGUCGGUAGACCUUGGCAUAUUUUAAAUGUGAAUAAAGUUGACUUGAAGAAUGGGA